UGGCGAGCAGGAACAGCCAGACAGGCAGACGGGAUCAGCAGUUUGGAGUUGCGAGCAGCUGUUUAGGACCAAGAGAAGAAGAACCGACGAUCGCGACUUUCCGCAAAUGUGUAAAGCGAUGGUACAACGGACCGGCCCCCACCUGCUUCUCCUAAUAGCCCUGUACAGUGUGUUAUACUCCCGGACUCUGAGUCUACCGUACACAUCCACGAGACCGACGAGACAUGCAGACGGUUUGUUCACCAGCGGAUACAGCAAACUGCUGGGGCAGCUGUCGGCGAGGAGGUACCUGGAGUCUCUGAUCGGGAAGCGCGUCAGUGACGACCUGAUGGAGCCGGCGAAGCGCCACACAGACGCCAUCUUCACAGACAACUACAGCCGCUUCCGGAAACAGAUGGCGGUCAAGGAGUACCUGAACUCUCUCCUAACAGGAAAGAGAAGCCUAGAAGAUCCUGGAACCAGCGAAGCGGAGGAGUCCAGGGACGAACCCAGCUCUUUCCAGGAGCGCUACGAUAACAUCAACGUAGACCACCUCCUAAACAACUUUCAGCUGCCACUUUGAGGAGGGGCCCAUGUUGGAAUGAAUACCUCAUCUCAUCUUAUAAAAAUGUUAUUGACAAAACCAACAAAGAAACAAAAAAAAAGAGAAAUAAACACAUUUAAAGAAAAAAUGCACACACAUGGUAUUCGAUGAAAAGGACAGGAUCGACCAACAGUGAUAUGUUUUUCGGUGUGGCUAUUUAUCUAUUCAUCUACACAGUACAUGUUUACACUGUAUGUAUUCAGAUCAUGGUAACGGUUAAAGAUUCUGCAGGCAGCACUGAGCAUCGUGUGUGUGUCUGUCUGCAGGUUUGAUUGGUCAGAAAUGCUACGGGAGGAGUUUAUUUAACACAGGGGCCACGUUUAUCUGCUUUCGGAUUUUGUUCUUUUUCCGAAAAGUGUCUCACAUUGGCAUCAAUUUUUUUUUUCCCCCUUUUGACCGAAGAUGAACAUCCUGAUUUCCAAAGUCUUCCAAAGUGUGAAGUCUUAAGGGAUUCUCACAGAUUUACAUUUGGAGAUGGUCUGUUAUAGAGUUCAUCUGAUUUUCAGUGCCAUACAUCUCCAUAAGCUUUUAUUUUUUCUUUGAAGAAUAUAUAGACAACACACAUUUUGCUAUUACGUUAAACUUGUUGCAUUGCGUUUUUGUCUUAAUGUCUACAAAAACUGGCGUUUAAAUUGGAAAGUUCAGAAACAAAAACAGAUUUUCCUCUGGGCCACUGACUUAACUCAUAAAUGUAAAUUUUUGGGGGAAUAUUAAUUUUAGAUUUUAACUUUUGGCAAAGCAACUAGGAACUUUGUUUAAAAAAAAAAUAAUUCCCUAAUUAAAUAGUUGGUUAAAAACAGCAUGGUUCAAACAACAUCAUUUUGAAAGUUGUGUAAUUGGUGUACCCAUAUGUUUGCAUUAGACCUGUAGCACACAACUCUGUCAUUAAAAUAUGUGUUUAUAAUUAUUAAAUGUCUUUAAUUACAAGCCAAUUGCGUUCUGUAAGAUCUUCCAGUUUGUGAGCUGCAAAGCGAAUUCCAUUGAUUUCUGCAUAUUGAGAAUUUCACAGUAUAAUAGAAAAUCUGCCAUUUUUGUCGUUCUUGAAUGUUAAAUGAUAUAAAUUGUAACAAUGGGCCAUUUCUAGUGGUGUAUUUUCUGGAAUGGUUGCGGAGUGUUUGUAAGCGGGUCUUUGGAUUGUGAAAGAAGGAAGCUGCAAGGCAAAGGGCCGAAACUCGGAAAGGACACAGAUGCAUAUAAUCACUUUAUACUAUUCAACAUAUAGAGCAAAGAGGUUUUCAUUGUGCGUGGAACUGCCUUCGGUACAUAUAGUGACGUGGACACGAGUGACCAAAUAAAAGAUGUUGGUUUAUUUUUCAAAGCUGA